AUGUCAACUUUGAUACCAUUCGAGCCGAUUCCGGCAACGGCAAGUGAGCUGGCAAGGAGCCCCGAUCAACUGUGCGAUGCGUUAGAAGAGGCUUCCCGCAAGAUUGGAAGGGUUCUCGGAAAGGCCAAGAGAUCAAACUUCAAGGUGGAUGGUUCUAAAUAUACCUUGGACUCAUGGAAGUUCAACGAGUGGGAGUAUGAUAGUACGGAACUGCCAUCGCACGCAAGGGGACUUUUCACGUGUUUUGACGAGAGCAGAAACACUCAUGUGGUUGCAGUCAGAGGAUACGACAAAUUCUUCAGUGUGGAUGAGGUGAAGAGCACCAGGAAGGAAGUCAUAGUGCGAACUACACAGGGACCCUACGAGGUUUCUAUUAAGGAAAAUGGGUGUAUAGCGUUCAUUUCGACAUUACCCGAUGGAAGUCUGGUGGUUUGUUCGAAACACUCAACUGGAAAAAGAGACGAUGCCACGAAGAACCAUGCCACCACAGCUGAAUCGGCUUUAGAAAACCAGUUGAAAAAGCACGGAAUUCAGCGCCAGGAGCUUGCCGAAGCUCUUCAAGAGUUGGGAUGUACUGCUGUGGUUGAGUAUUGCGACGAUGAAUUCGAAGAGCAUGUCCUGCCAUACAAAGGAGAUAACUCUGGGCUCUACCUGCAUGGCUUAAACUAUAAUAUGCCAACCUUCAAAACGUACCCUAUGAGCUACGUGGAGAAAUUUGGAGAGAAAUUUGGGUUCAUGAAGGUUGAUUACUUCAAGGAAUCUAAUGUCGAAAAUUUGUUUGCUUUUCUCGAGGAGUGCUCUAAGACGGGCACCUACAAAGGGAGAGAGACGGAAGGAUUCGUCGUCAGGUGCAAGCGCGAAGGUCUGGACUUUUUUUUCAAGUACAAAUUUGAGGAGCCGUAUCUACUCUAUAGACAGUUUCGUGAGGUAACGAAAGAGUUUAUCGGCGGGAAAAAAGUACAGGAAAUGAAGAUUAAGCAGCACAGACUGGCUGUUCUUGAUUACCUCAACUUUGUGAUUCCAAUACUAUCUGCGAGCCCUGAGUUGAAGGAGAAUUAUCUCAACAACCAUGGAAUUAUCAGCUUAAGAGAAGAAUAUCUUAACCAUCGUGGAAAGCGUGGUAUUGAGCUCAUCCUUGAAGAAAGUGCUGAGGGACUGGCAAACAGUGUGGACUCAAAGCUUCAGCUGUCGAAAGAAACCAAGUAUGUUCUGGUUCCAGUCGCAACUAUUGGAUGUGGUAAAACCACAACGGCUCUCACGAUGGUGAACUUAUUUCCUUCAUGGUCUCACAUUCAAAAUGAUAAUAUACCAUCACCUGUGGGAGACAAGUUGGUGAGAGGAGCGUUGGAACUACUGAUUUGUUCACCUGCAGUCAUUAUAGACCGCAACAAUCACCAGUUUAGAGAAAGACAACACCUUUUCGACCAAUUUGAAAAAUUUGGAAGGGACUUGCCUCAUUGCGCGUUCGAGUUCAUUUGCCUGAACUAUAAGGUACGUGACGAUCAAGAUACAGUGUGGGAUAUCACCACCAAAAGAGUACUAUCAAGGGGAGAUAAUCACCAGUCUAUCAAGGUUGAGACGGAUGGCCCUGGAUUGGUGAACGGAAUCAUGAAAGGCUUCUUCAACAGGUACCAGCCUGUUGAUCCACGCAGAAAUCCAGAUAAGCUAUUUGAUCUCGUGAUAGACCUUUCUGUUGAGAACGAAAACUCGACAUUGAAUAAUGUUGAAAAAAUUCUGAGCUGUUUAAACGAGCGUUAUCCAGACUUGGUACCCACCAUGCCCUCUCACGAAAGAAUAUUAGAUGCGUUCACGAAAUCUUUGGAAUACAAGCCCACAAUUACCAAAAUCGUGAAGAGCGAGAAAAAACUGAAUCCUCAGUACUAUGGGAUUUCUAUCUCUUCUGAAGUGCUUGAACAUAUCGAACAGCUCCUGCUCUCGAAUGGAGCCAUGGAUGACUCUCUUUUGCCGUUUUUGAAACAGAAUAACAGGGUCCAAGAGACAUUCCACGUCACUCUUAUCCACAGACUAGAAUCGAGGACAAACCCGCAAGUCUGGAAAACUUAUGGUAAUGAAUUGUUUGCAGUGCAGAGGAACAUGCAUGGCGCAUCGAAGCGUGCUCCGCUCUUCAACGAAAAACUGACCGCAGAUAUUUGCCUUAAGAGAUUGGUCUGGAACCAUCAACUCAUGUGCAUUGAAGCCGAGAUUUUGUCGGGAAAAGCAGAUGGAAAUCCAACAAACUUCCCUGUCGCGAACAAACCUGGUGCCCAGACUCCAAAGAUCCCACACAUCACUAUUGGAACCAUUUCCGAAAAGGUGCAACCAGUUCAGUCGAAUGCCCUUCUCAACAGUCUACAUGAUGGAGAAGACCCGGAAAUCAGAUUUUUGGACUUUCCUGACUCGAGUAUUUUACAUGACCAGAAGUUAUUUAUGUAUAUCUAG